AUGGCAGACCAGGAGAACACUGAGGAGCCAGGAUCUGCUUUCGAGGAGAGCGCAGCCAUUAACACGGCCGUUGAGACCUCCGAGGCGGAGCAGAAAGACACCGGCAGGUUAGACGUAAUUAAAGUGUCUCAUGAGGAUCUCCCAUCUGCCCGCACCACGACCACAUCGAGUGACGGCCCCAGUCACAAGCCUCUGCACGACACUGUAGACGCUGAAGGAUUUGCUCAAACUCAGGAACCCACAAAGGAUCCCAAAGCCCCGGCCCCACCAAGUCCAGUCAUGCCAAUCACUAAGGUCCAGCCUUUCAUGAAUGAGGACGAUCCCGCUGAGGAGAAAACAUGGCGUGGCCGGCUGAUGGCUCGCAGGACGGAGCUGCUGAUUGGAGUGUUGGUUCUAGUGGUGCUCAUUCUCACACUGGGCAUUGGGCUGGGAGUGGGUCUAAGCUGUGUGGGAAAGUUUCGUUGUGAUAGGUCAUCGACCUGCAUCAGUGGCUUAGCGCAGUGUGACGGGGUGGUGGACUGUGAGAAAGGAGAGGACGAACUUAGCUGUGCUCAAGAAAUUCCUCCAUUAAAAGCCUGUAUUCCUUACUCUCGCUGCCUGUGUCUCUGCUUCUGUCAUCUCCUCCACCUGACUGUCUCUAAAGUGCGUUUGAGCGGGAAGAGCUCUGUGCUCCAGGUGUUCAGUGAAGGAUUGUGGAGGACAGUCUGCUCGGAAGACUGGAACCAUGCUCUGGGCUUCUCUGCCUGCCAUCAGUUAGGUUACUCCAGCUAUGUGGAUUCCAGCUCCAUCCCCCUCUCCUCAAUAGAGGAUGACUUCCAGCAGAACCUGGUGUCAAUCCACCUGAACCAGUCAGAACAACAGACCAUCAAGAUCCACAACGCCACCAGUGUCAGAAAGACUCAGUGCAUCUCAGGGAUGGUGACUGCAAUUAAAUGCCUGGAGUGUGGCUCCAGACCCCAGUUCAGCAGUCGUAUCGUGGGGGGUAACGUGUCCGCCUCCGGUCAGUUCCCCUGGCAGGUCAGCCUGCACUUCCAGAGGGAACACCUGUGUGGAGGCUCCGUCGUAGCAGCUCACUGGAUACUGACAGCUGCACACUGCGUGUAUGAGUUGCCGUUCCCCACACUGUGGUCCGUGCACGUAGGACUGAUAAAGCAGCCGGCGAAUGACGCUCGGGCUCUGGUAGUGGAUAAGAUUAUAUACCAUGGCCUCUACCGACCAAAGGCCCUGGACUAUGACGUCGCUCUUCUGAAGCUGGCCGAGCCACUCACUUUUAACGGUCUAGUGGAGCCCAUCUGCCUACCUAACUUUGGGGAGGACUUUGAGGUCGGGACCAUGUGCUGGAUCUCAGGCUGGGGGGCCACUUUAGAGGGGGGAAAUGCUAGUGAUUCGUUACUCUCUGCCCGGGUCCCUCUCAUCUCCACUAAGGCUUGCAGAGCACCAGGGGUCUACCAGGGUUACAUCUCCUCCGGGAUGAUAUGUGCAGGUUACUUGGAGGGGGGAACAGACUCCUGUCAGGGGGACAGUGGGGGCCCUCUCGCCUGCAAGCAGUCGUCAGUGUGGAAGCUGGUGGGUGCCACCAGCUGGGGCCAGGGCUGUGCUGAAAUGAACAAGCCCGGGGUGUACACACGCAUCACCCAAUACCUCAAGUGGAUCCAUCAACAGAUGGAGAAAGAAGAGUCAGUGAACCCCUCAGAAGUUAGUUUGGACAACUGAAUCAGUGGAGAAGUAUUCUCAUAUAUGAUAGUGCUGUCGAUGUUGUAUUGCAUUGCCUGUAACUCGGGAGUUCUGCCAAAGAACCAAAUGUGGGAUGUACUGUAUAGUAUUGGCCACUUUACAGCCUAACAAUGACAGCAGCCCUCAGGGCAGGCCCUCAGACAGCAACCAGACGGACAUGUUGGUGCAGAGAAAUGUCUGAAAACA